AAUACGACAAGCAGAUAAGGUAGUUUAAGAUGGUGUGUUAGAUAUUACUUUGAAAUUAGUUGUGUAUGGAGAAAAAAACUGAAUCGUAGCAUCUUAUUUUGGAAGGUUGUUAAUGAAAAUUAACUUAAUUAUCUUCCAAAACAUAGUCAUCGUACUUAUUGUUGUGUUAUACGUGUCACGUUCGGAGAAUAUGUUUACAUUGAUGUCCAUGCAUCAUCUGCCAUCGCCACAAAAGACUUAAAUAACUCUAACACAGCAUUGAAUUCCACUACUGGCAAUAUCAUUAAGUUCGAAGAAUAACCAAAAUAUUAUUUAAAAUUCAACCGACGUUUUUUUGUAAUAAAAAUUUCGCUACAGUAAGGAAACUAACUACAACGAGAUUAAAAGACUAUUCGUAUUAAUAGAAAGAAAGCAAUGGCACCGCCAAAGACUUUAAAGUCAAGUCUUGCUGCUGCCUUCAAUACUAGGACGACCCGAUCACAAAACAAAAUAAACGAUCUAGUCACUGAGACUAAUACAAAUGGUAAACGAAAGGCUGAUGAAAACGAUGAAAAGCCGCCAAAGCGUUCGAGAGCCGUAUUCGGUAACAUAACGAACGCGAACGCGAAUGUGAUCGAGACAGAGGUGAGGAAGAAUGGCAUUCGCGGAGAUUUUGUGGUAAAGCCGGAACCGAUGCGACAGCCAUUGGUUCGUAAUAAUUCAAAUGCAAACGAUGCUAAGAAGAAAAUACCGCAAAAAGAUGUCUUUACCAAUCCCAACCAGCAUGUUAACAAUAACAAACCGAAUCUCUACGUUAAGCCACCAGUUGGACAACAGAGAGCGCCAAAAGUUUUGACCCGAGCGGCAGCAAGGGCUAAAGCAGUUCAGGAAACAGCUGUAAUACCAAAACCAGUCGUGAAUAACGAAAAGGCUGCGUCAACUCGAAGAAUUUCCAGUGAAUUCGACAAAACGGAGGACAGUCUUUACUUGUCGGCACAUGAAGACUUUCCCCCAACGAGUAGGCACCGUGCGUCACUCAACAGUUCCAAUCGGUUGUCGUCAAUGUCCAAUGUAGACUCAUCCAUCAACUCUACGUUGUACAAGACGGUUAUCGAUCAGAGCGAUUCCAGUACCGAUGUAAAUGUCGUCCGAAAACCGCCGACUGGUGUCAUCGAUUUCGAUCAACAAAAUCCGAACGAUCCGUACGAGGUGUCGGAAUACACAAUGGACAUUUUCACUUAUCUGAAAGAUCGCGAAAAGUGCUAUCCGAUGAAACCAUACAUGGAGAAACAGCCGCAUAUCACAAAGUGGAUGCGAAUGUUGGUCGUUGAUUGGAUGGUUGAAGUGCAAGAAACAUUCGAAUUGAAUCAUGAAACUCUCUACUUAGCUGUUAAAGUCCUCGAUUCUUACUUGGGACAAAAGGUUAUUUCGAAGGAUAAUCUGCAAUUGUUGGGUGCAGCGGCAUUGUUUAUAGCGAGCAAAUUUGAUGAGCGUAUUCCGCCGAUGAUCGAAGAUUUUCUAUUCAUUUGUGAUGGUGCGUACGAUCAGGCAGAGCUUAUAGGAAUGGAAUUGGACGUUUUCAGGACAAUUAAUUACGAUCUAGGCUUCCCAUUGUCGUAUAGAUUCGUACGAAGAUACGCAAAGUGCGCCUUCAUUUCGUUACCGAUCCUUACCUUAGCUCGAUUCAUUUUGGAACACAGUCUGAUGGAUUAUUCAACAAUAACGUUCAGUGACUCAAAAAUGGCUAGUGCAGCGUUAUUCAUUGCUUUGCGAAUGGUUGGCAAGCCCGGAUGGAGCCCGACGUUGGAAUACUAUGCCGGUUACCAUGUGGAUGAGUUCGUUGACAUUAUAACCGUGCUGAAUAAUGGUCUACAUCGCAAGCCAUCGGAUUCGGUGAAGCAUGUGCGUAACAAAUAUUCUCACAAAUUGUUCCACGAAGUGGCCACAGUUCCUUUAUUAACUAACGACGAAUUGCUGGAAGGGGCUGAAUCGUACAAACGUGAAACGGUUAUCAACUACUGUCAGGCUCUUUGAACCAAGUGUUAAAAAAAAAAUCAGCAUGCACCACAGCACCUACAAUAGUCAC